UACCGGUUGAUUUGUUUUCAUCUUCAGUGACUUCAGUGAUGUGGUGACUUUUCAUUACAGUCGAGUUACAUGUACACUGUACAUAGGUUUAUUUCGAGGAAAUUGACAGAAAAUGAGACGAUUAAAUGUUGCAAAUAGUAACAAGGCCUUAAAGGUGGUAAAAGAGUUUGAUGCCUUUCCUAAAGUACCAGACGAUUAUAAGAAAACGACAGUCUCGGGUGGAGGGUUAUCUAUUUUAACAUUUGUUAUAAUUGGUUUAUUGGUGAUAUCAGAGUAUCAGUAUUACAGUUCUACAGAGCUCAAGUUUGAUUAUCAAGUUGAUACACAGUAUUCGGGGAAAUUACAAGUUAAUGUAGACAUGACGGUAGCCAUGAAAUGUGAUUUUAUAGGAGCUGACAUCCUGGAUGUAACAGGUCAAGAUACACACAGUUUUGGUCAAUUAACUCUUGAUCCAGCUUACUUUGACCUUUCACCUAAACAGAAAAAAUAUCAAAACUUUAUUCAGGAAGUGAACAGAUAUUUACAAACAGAAUACCACGCAGUACAGGAAUUACUGUGGAAAACGGGAGGACCUAAUUUCCGUGGUGGCAUGCCUCCGAGAGAAGAUAAACCAGAUCAUGAACCGGAUUCUUGUCGAGUUCAUGGUACAUUAGAGGUCAACAAGGUCGCUGGUAAUUUUCAUAUUACAGCCGGGAAAGUUUUCCGUCAUGCUGGAAUGCGAGGGCACAAACAUAUGACACCUAUGUUACCGCCCUCUGAUUAUAAUUUUAGUCAUAGAAUUGAUCACCUUUCAUUCGGUGAGCCGAUAGCUGGUGUUGUUUAUCCUUUAGAUGGAGAGGAACUUGUUACUAUUAAUAAUUAUCACAUGUUUCAGUAUUUUAUGAAAGUCGUUCCUACAGCUGUGAGAACGUAUUCUGCAAACGUUGACACAUAUCAGUUUGCUGUCACAGAAAGGAAUCGUAGUAUUAAUCACCAUGAAGGUAGCCAUGGAGUACCUGGUAUAUUUGUUAAAUAUGAUCUGAAUUCUUUAAAAAUACAAGUACGUGAAGAACAUCAACCAUUCUGGCAGUUUAUUGUCAGGAUGUGUGGUAUUGUAGGCGGUAUAUUUUCAGUCUCAGGGAUGCUACAUGAUAUCUGUGGAUUUAUAGUUGAUAUUAUAUGUUGUCGAUUUAAAAUCGCAGAAGAAAAAAAUAGGAAAAAUACAGAUUUAGUUAAUUCUGUUUCACAACCUCUCAAUUCUUUAGUUGAUCAGUUUCCAUCUCAUAAUAUAGAAAAUAAUCCAUUACUUUCUACACAGGUUCAAACAUAGUAGAAAAUUAGAAAAUAGACCUUAGUUUAUUUAUUAAUGUGCGGGGUGCCCCACACUGAAAUGGGAUCUGAUAAAGAUAACUUACUUCAUUGAAUGUUCAGCCACAAUUUUUACAAAACAGCUUCAAUGUAUAUAUACAUUGUCAGCAGUAGCUUGUAUUCACCUUUUAAUAUCCAUCACACAUGAUAAACUAUAACACGUACUUAUGGAAGAACAAUUACUUAUUUAUUUAGGUGACGUUUCGAAGAGUAUUCUCUCAACAUUUUCAAGCAAGUACAGUAACAAAUGUUACCACACAUCUUUCAUAAGUAUGUGUUAUAGUUUAUUGCUCUAUCCAGUUACUCAAUGCCUCUAAAAGAUCACCACAUAUGAUAUUCUUUAAAUAUGCCUAUCAAAUAAUAAAGAACCAUCAAAAAUUUAUGUUAAUGAGUCUGAAUUACAGUAAUAUUUAAAUUGUCAGUUAGGUUUAUUUAUCAAUUUGUUAUUUUAUUAAUUAUGUCAUUUAGAGCUCAUAGUAGAAUGUUAGUCAUACUUUUCUUGAAAUCUUCACAGACUUUCUGAAUUCAGAUUCUUUUCCUAGCUGUUUAUAUUUCUAUAUAAAAUAUUCUUGAUAUUCCAGGCCCGUUAAUCAGCCAGGUAUUGGCUAAUAAUAGACUGGUUUAGUGAGAUUAAUAUAACUUAUUAAACAUAUGUAAGAGUUAAAUCCGCCUAUUUGCAGGUCUUUCUUUAGGUCUUUAAUGUUAUAUAAACUAAUUAGACAUUUAUUAACAAAACUAGACCAUAAUCAACUAUUGAUGGCAUCGGAUACUCAAGAUUUUAACUAGAUUAGAUACGGUUUGCUAUUUAAAAAUUUAGUUUAAAAAUGGGAAAGUGAGGUUAAGUCUUGACUAUACCUGUACACUGGUUACCAUAAUGCAAACAUCUUGUCAAAACUACAAACAGUGAUAACUUGGCUCAGAAUGAAGAAAUUUGAAUGAAAUUUUCAAAAUUUUCAUUUUACAUUUUUGAGCCAUUGUAUAGCAACAAUGGUCAGCUCUUUAUCUAAAUCUUACAUAAUGUAUCUUUAAAUACAACAUGACUGUGUGUUUAGAGAUGAUAAAUGGAGGAAACGUAGGUAAGGCUUGUUAUAUAUAUGAAUAUAGAGGCAUACUUGUGGAUACAUUUGGAGAUAUUUUAUAUAUCACGGGGCACCCUAUAAUUGGUUGUAACAUGUCCCGCCUCAAUCGGGGCUAUCUUUUAUAAUGAUGAACUUACAACAAACCAGUUAGUUGUGUACUGUCUAAAAAAUGGUAUUCCUGUAAAGUUCAUAAUCUAUAACAUUCUGUUGUUUUUAUUGAAAGUUUUUCUAGUAAAACAAUUAUUUGUAUCGAUUUGGGGUAAAUUUGACUUGCAGAACUCCAUCUAUAAUAUUGUAUGUGCUAUUUGAACACUUCAAUUUCCAAUAUUAUUUACCAACCUCGUGGGUUUUCUCCAGGUCCUCCGGUUUCCUCCCACUGCUAAAGACCCCUACGCGCAAGCAAAUUAUUAAAAUAAAAUUAAACCAUAUGUUAGUCGAGAUGUUAAACCCCAUUUCUCUCUCUCUCUCUCCAAUAUUAUUUUAUUAUUCCUUUCACUUAUCUUAGGUAAAUUAAUUACUGAUUUAAUGAUGUGCCAAUAUUAAGAUAACUUGAUGAGUUAAAAUUUGUUUAAAAGUACACCAAAAUGACUUACAAUGGUUCUUAUCCAAAAAAGAUCUAUUGAAAGCCCCCCAAAAAAGAAGAAAUAAAACAGAUCCCUUCGGGUCGUGAGGCGCAAAGCAGUAGCAUGUUUAGUUGUGCCUAAAUUUAUUUAUUUUGCAUUUGGUGUUUUAAUGGAAAACUUAUAAUUCUUUUUCCGAAAAAAUCAUUUUGGUAUAAAGAACUCUUAAUAUUCAGAUACAUAGACUAAUAAGACAAACUUAUUUCUUACUAAAAUAAUAUUAUAACUUAUUGUUUUGUAAUACCAACAUAACGUGCAUAAAAUCAUGGACACUGUAAGAGCUAUAAAAAAAAAUUAGUGAUGAGAUUUGUAGAUUUUCAUUGGGAGAACUACUGCUAUCUUGUUCGCAUAUAUGUGGUAUAUAUACAUGAAUGUUUUUACUUUUUAAUCUGAAGAAUAGAUUGUCUAUUCACUUGUUUUUAUUUGCCCACAUUUUAUAUGGAGUAUAUUCGAACUGCCAUGGUUCAUCCAUCUAUUCACAUGUAAAUUCUGAACAAGUUAGUUUUUUUUUUACAUUUUUUCAAACUUACUGGAACUGCUUGCAGAAAGAAAUCCUAUCGAAAUUCAGUGUCGUACAUUGAUUUUGUUUAAUCUUGUUCUAUCCAAUAUACUGUCUCAUAUCACUUUCACCCAUUACACAUCAAUUACUGUCCACAUUCUUCUUCGUAUCAAUGAACAACCGACAGCUCGCGCCUCUAGCAGGGGGGUUGGAUGGCCGAACGGUUAGCAUGAGCGCUGUAUCAUAAGGUCUGUCAUUGAGUCAACUGGUGUGGUUUCGAUUCUCAGGUUGAACGUGAUAAGGAGUAGAGUUGCCUGUCCAACAUUGUGGGUUUUCUCCGGGUCCUCCUAUUGCUAAAAACCCCUACGCGCAAGCAAAUUAUUGAAAUAAAAUUGAACCAUGUUAGUCCCGAAAUGACAUAGUUUGUGUCAAGUGGAAGUUAAACCAUAUUUCUCUCUCUCCCUCUGUAAUGACUCUGACUAGUCAAAGUUUUAAUUAAGCAUGUGCAAGAUUUUUUUGGCUAGUCAUUAGAAGGAAAGAGUAUGCUUUGAUUUUAUGUGCAUAUAUAGUUCCUCUCACCGUGUGCACAUUCCAAAUUGCAGUUUUUAAAACCCAUUUAUUGCUUCUUUCACUGACCAACAUCCUGUAGGGUAUGUCCAUACUACCUUUUACAAUGAAGUUGCUUCCAGAUUUUCAUCAAUGCACAUGUUUCGACAUAAUUUUCUAUUGUGUUCUCAUUGUUGUUUUUAUGUUUCAAUAUACUUGAUACAAAACUGCCGACUUCCAUGCAAGCCUGUAUAUAACGGUUUUAGUUGUACUCGACAAAAUGUCAGACACUCUUAAUGAACUAGUUCGUGAUAUAUUCAACUUAGUGCUGGUCUGCCGGAUAUGUAUUAAACAUACAUUAUGCAAGAGCUAAAUUUGCCUAUUGCAGGUCUUUCUUUAGGCCUGAAAUUUUUUUCUCAAUUGUUAAUUAGACAUUAAUUAACUUCUCCAGGCCAUAAUCAGCUCUUGAUGGCAUGUGAUUUCUCCAAUAUUAAAUAGAUUAGAACAGUUCAGCCAUAUUUUGAUUUGAGCUAAAAAUGGAGGAGCGAUACUUAGCUUCACACAACCAGUACGGUGGUUGAAAUUAUUGCACACUUUCUUGUCAAACCCUCAAAGGCUAAUAUCUUCGCUCACAAUAGAGUAAUUUGAAUGAAAUUUUCAAAUUAUUCAUUUUACAUUUUCUAUUUUUGGACUAUUAUAACCAGAAUGGCUGUCUCUUUAUCUAAAUCUUACAUAAUGUAUCUUUAAUAAUAUCGAUAAAAACACAAAUUUGUGCCGGUAAAUUGACAGGCCCCGGAGGGAUUGUGUCUGACAAUGUCUGUUAUAUCUAGGCUUGCUUUCAUCUAGGUUAAACUGCUGAUUUGUUUGGUUGCAGUAUUUCAUUUACAGAUGUUCUGAAAUUACAUGUAGCUACUACAUACGAAAAUUAUUAUUAUGUAAAUCAAUUUAGAUUUUCUACUACAUGUAUAAUAUUAUUUCUGUUAUAAUUACUGUUUAAAAACAGCAAUUAAUUGACGUUAAAUUUAUGAAAUUAGGGGUAAAUAAAAAUUGAUUGGUUUU